GAGCAGACAGCUCCACGCAAGGCUGACACACGACAACGAAAGUCAUUGGCUGAACAGCAUGUGGCCUGGAUUUCAAAAGAUGGCCUGAGGGUUCAGCCGAGCACGCUUCCAAGAAGAAAGGAUGUGCCAUAUUUGAUAGACUAUGAGCGAGUUCAAGCAAUUGCUCAUCUUUGGAAUCGACGCGACUGGGACAGGGCCGAGCUGUACCUGCUCGAGCAUCUUCGAGCCAUGCAAGAUCUCCACGACGCAAAUCGUAUCCGCAGAGUCAAGCACCUACUUGCAAUCUGUUCGAGCUUCCGAGGCCAAUGGGACGAUGCCAUCGAACGAUUGAUCACCGUGCUGAGGAAACCUAUUCAAAGAAU